CAGACUCUCUCUCUUUCUCUCUCUCUCUCUCUCUCUCCGUCGAAGAAGGGGUGUUCUGAGAUCACAUUGAGCAAUGGUGAAGGCUGUUGUCGUUCUUAGCAGCAGUGCAGGUGUCAGUGGCACCAUCUACUUUGCCCAAGAAGGAGAUGGUCCAACUGCGGUAACUGGAAGUGUCUCAGGUCUUAAACCUGGGCUUCAUGGUUUCCAUGUCCAUGCGCUUGGUGACACAACAAAUGGUUGCAUGUCAACUGGACCACAUUUUAACCCUGCUGGCAAGGAGCACGGUGCUCCCACGGAUGAAAACCGUCAUGCUGGUGAUCUAGGGAAUAUUGUUGUUGGUGAAGAUGGUACUGUGAGUGUUGACAUUUCUGACAUUCAGAUUCCUCUCACUGGACCAAACUCAAUCAUUGGAAGGGCCGUUGUUGUCCAUGCUGAUCCUGAUGACCUUGGAAAGGGGGGACAUGAGCUCAGCAAAGCCACUGGGAAUGCUGGCGGAAGAGUUGCCUGUGGUGUUAUUGGUCUUCAGGGUUGAUUUGCGGAUUGUGACAUUGUUUCGGAUUAAAUUCUCAGUACCAAGAAAAUGUCUCCUUUUUUGACUUUUGAGAUGGCAAGACGAUAGUGAAGAAGACAACUAGAAUAAAGUAGUGCACGAUAUUUUAAUCAGUGUUUGUUUGGUGUGUGCUCCAAAUUGUAAUUGUGUGUUUCAUCUACUGUUGUUUUAGAGAUCCCUUUCUUUAAUAGCAAUGCUCUGAUAUGUGAGUUGCCAUUUUCCUUCCUACCAAAAAACGAAACUUAAGAUCUGGAAAAAAAAAAAAAAAUGAAACAUUUUU